AUGUAAGACAUGCCUUUUGCCUUCUGCCUCCCCCCAGCCAUGUGGAACUGUAAGUCCAAUUAAACCUCUUUCUUUUGUAAAUUGCUCAGUCUCAGGUAUAUCUUUAUCAGCAGUGUACUCCUGUACUUUGUGCAUCUGCAGGUUUAAUACCCCUCGGAAAUUGCCAAGGCUUAUGGCUUGCACCCUCUAAAGCAGUGGCCCAAACUGUGUCUGGGGCCCUUUUAGCCAUGGCUGGAGCUGGAGUGGCUGAGACCUAGAAUGCUGUGAGCACUGUCCUGCACUUGCGCUGGGUGGUGUAGCCCUAGGCCAAGCCCACAAAACCAUUCUUCCCUCCUAGGCCUCAGGCCUUUGAGGGGAGGGGCUGUCACCAGCCAAGUUCUCUGAAAUGUCUUUGAGGCCCUUUCUUCAUUGUCUUCUAUUAGCAUCUGCUUUCCUUUUAGUUACCCAAAUUUCUGCAGCCUGCUUGAAUUUCAGACAAGUCUUACAAGUACUACGUGACCCCUAACACUUCCUGAUUUCAUUUCUGCAAUAUAUUUUAUUUUUUUACAUCAUCGCGAACAUUGAAACUUUUUAUAUCUAUUCACCUUCCAUUUGUUUUCAAGUCCAGUUUACCUCCAAAGAAUUUUGGAAUAUGGAGUCUCCAUAAGACUCUAGUUUGUCUGGUUUCUUGCUGUAUCCCUUGACUGCAAAUGCUUUCUAGUACACAUAAUACACUCAAAAGCACUUAUGAAUAAAAAAAAAGGAAUAAAUCUUCAUAUUUUUCCUUCAAAAUAGCCUUAACUCUUUGGUUUCCAACUUUAUGUGAGGGUUUUUAGUAGUUUUCUCAAAAAUCCAAUCAAAUUGAACAGGGUGUGUCUCCAGAAUGAAGUUUUUGAUUAGGUUCAGUGUCUGUGCAAUCAGGGCAUGUCUCUUGGAAUGUAGUGGUGAUUAGGUUUAUGAAUUAUUUUUUUCACAUAUAAGGGGAAGCCAAUCAGAGGAUGCAUUUUCCCAGAGAAGGAGCAUCUGAAGAGUUUAAGACCUUGGGGAAAGAGAGUCUUGCUGCUUGCUUGUGGGACUUGCCUUGGAAGGUAGAUAAGUUCACUGCAUCCUCCAACUUUUUAUUUCUGGUGAGCUCUCCAAGCACUGAGAUGUGAACUGGCCUCAUUCCCUUACAAUGAUACUGUUACCAGUAGAAGAGAUUGCAGUUACUGGCAGCAUAUCUGCAUGGGUCCAUAAGCAACUUCAGUCCUUGCCUCCUCAGAAGAAAGAAUUCGACUGAGGGGCAUACAGUGGAAAAACAGACUGAGCUUUUCUUAGUGCCUAAAGUGCCUGCAAGUGGAAAUCCAGAGGAAGACAGAGAGAAACUGAGUUCCUGACAAUGCAUUCACUAAAGAAAGUGACUUUUGAAGAUGUAGCUAUUGACUUCACCCAGGAAGAGUGGGCCAUGAUGGACACAUCCAAGAGAAAGCUGUACAGAGAUGUGAUGCUGGAAAAUAUCAGUCACCUGGUGUCCCUCGGGUACCAGAUAAGCAAAUCCUGUAUAACUUUGCAGCUGGAGCAAGGAAAAGAGCUGUGGCAGGAAGGAAGAGAAUUUCUUCCAGACCAGAAUCCAGACAGGGAAAGUGCCCUUAAGAAAAAACACAUGAUAUCCAUGCAUCCUAUCAUCAGAAAAGACGCAUCCACCAGUAUGACAAUGGAGAACUCUCUCAUUCUGGAGGAUCCUUUUGAAUGUAAUGAUUCGGGAGAAGAUUGCACUCACAGUUCCACAAUAACUCAGUGUUUGUUAACUCAUAGUGGAAAGAAACCCUAUGUCAGCAAACAGUAUGGAAAAUCCCUUAGUAAUCAGUUGUCCCCUAAACCACAUAAACAAAUUCAUACUAAAGGUAAAUCAUAUCAAUGUAAUCUAUGUGAAAAGGCCUAUACUAAUAGCUUUCACCUUAGACGGCACAAGAUGACUCACACUGGAGAGAGGCCAUAUGCAUGUGAUCUAUGUGGAAAAGCCUUCACUCAGUGUUCUCACCUUAGAAGACAUGAGAAAACUCACACGGGAGAGAGACCGUAUAAGUGUCAUCACUGUGGGAAAGCCUUUAUUCAAUCCUUUAACCUUCGAAGACAUGAGAGAACUCACCUUGGAAAAAAGUGUUAUGAAUGUGAUAAAAGUGGGAAAGCCUUUAGUCAAAGCUCUGGCUUUAGAGGAAACAAAAUAAUUCACACUGGAGAGAAACCACAUGCUUGUCUUCUAUGCGGGAAGGCCUUCAGUCUGUCUUCCAACCUUAGAUGACAUGAGAGAACAUGCACUGGAGAAAAGCCAUAUGAAUGCCAUUUAUGUGGGAAAGCCUUCAGUCAAUGUACUAAUCUUAAAUAGCAUCAGGAAAUUCACCCUGGAGAGAAAAUUAUAAACUUCUUCAGAACAUAUUCUGACUUUAGAUGACAUGGUGUUAGGAAUGACAAAUGUAAGGAAUGUGCAAGAGACUUCAGCUGUAGUUGUAGCAUCUAAACAUACCAAAGACUCACAUUUUGAAGAAAUGCUGUAAUCAACAUGGAAGAUACUUCAGUUACCUUUAUUCUUCAGUCCACAUGAAUAAAUUCAUAUGGAAGAGAAAUUGUAUGACAUGUGUGUACAAAAGACUUGUUAAUGAUCUGAUCAUAAAUGACAUGAGAGAGCUGAAACUGUCAACAUAAUAAACUAAAAGUCUUCAGCAACAGCUUUAACUUAAAACGUGGGACUUUCAGGUGGAGAAUCUCUAACUCUGCAUUCAGUGUGAAAAUGUUUUUAUUUGCAAUGUAUUGUCAAAUAAAAUAAGAAAACUUUACUUGGAUGAACGCUUUAUUUGUAUUUUCUGUGAAUAAACAUUCAGCCAAGCACCAGGCUUGAGGUUCACAAGAAAACACAGUGAUAAAAUGCUGCUAAAAUGGAAAACAAGAGAGGAAAGCCUUUAUAAGCUAAAUAAGAAGGGAAAGUCUUUCCAAGGGCAAUGAAUUCUCUUGGAAUACCAAAUACGUCUUACUGGAGAAGUUAUGCAAUGAAAAAUCAUGAGAAAUCCUUUCUUCAUAGAGCAACACUUGUGGCACAUGUGAGAUUUCACACUGGACAAAACAUGGUUGGCAUCUUGAAAGGAGAAAAUUCUUUAGUGGUAAUUCAUUUCUUAGUUGACAUUAAGUUUCUCACAUUGAGGAGCUAUCAAACUUGAAAAUCACUGUGGAGAAACCUGAUAGAUUUCUCAUCAGAAAAGUGAGUCAAGAAGGUGGACCUCUAGAAAAAACUCUUAACACAUACUUUAGCAAAAUAAUUCAGAAAUUUGAGAAAAUGUCUAUUCAUAAAAAUGUGGCAUGUAAAUGUAUAAUAGCAAAGUGAUCAGGGAAUAAAUUGAAUGCAGAAUUAUAUAAGAAAUUUCAUUAAACUUUUCCAAAAGAUCAAUACUUACAAAUAUUGAAAGAAUACAGUCGGUUGUUGAAAAAACUUAGUAUGUUGGCGAAGUCCUUGUUUCAUUUAUGCAGCCCUAACAAAUUGAUUUGCAUCUGCAUUCCUUGGCUGAGAUUUUUGGUCGAGAUUCUACCCCAACUUGUGAGUCUCCCCAGUCUUCAACAGCUCUUUCUUCACAGCUCACCUCCCUUUACUUCAACGUCCACUAAAACCACUUGUUUCCAUCCAACCCUCGAGUUGACACACCAGGGAUCUUCAGCCCCACUUGCCAGAUUUCUCAGUGGGUCAUUGCAUAGAUUUAGCAGGGAAAUGGAGGCUGUAUCAAAGACACCUAGUAUAUGCAUUUGGGUGUCCCCAGCCCUUGCCUCUGUCUCUGAGCAGUUACCUGGGAUCAGAGAAUAAGGCAGCUCUUCCCUUCUAUCCCUCAGAAGGCUCUUGAAAUUUUGUCCCUGGAGCCUCUCUAACUGGAGGUAGCAGUUCAUCUCAUGACACCCCACGUUUUAUUCAGGUAAGUCCUAAGUUAUUACGCAGAGACAGACACAGCUGUGCUCCUUUUACUGCAGUCCAGAAGAUAAAACACCAGCAUGAUAAAACAGCCGAACCUGUCAGCCACAUUGCAAAAGCCUUUCCUAUAUUUGAUUCAAUGUACUUUUCCUGAAGCAAAAUGAAAGUUCUCACAGAGGGGCCUCCUCUGCCUUGUCCUCAGAAUUGGAAAAUGUAUUGUCCAUCGAGGAGCCUCAGUACUGAACCUAAAACUCAAGAGAAAGUGUUUCCUGAAUAUGAAGUGGGAUGACUUGAAAUUUGGCAAACAGGCACAAUCUUAAUACGAUAGGCCUUACUAAGGCUAAAUGGCCUUAUCCAUGGUUGAAAUUGACACAUCAUUAUAUUAAAAAAUCUCCACAAGUGAUAGAUUUUACUCCGCAGCCAGAGUUUAUGUCAAGUGUGAGGAUAAUGAGCAAGAAAUUCAAGCCCUUGGCAAACUGGUUGGAGAGGCAAGGAAUAUGUCCAGGCAGAGCUCAUAUCAUUAUUUAUUGUUUAAUCUAUUUAAUUAAAUAUGUAAUUUACCCACAAACUGUGGCUGACAUUAUAUGUACUCCUGAGCCACAUUAAGAUAUACUAUUUGUGCUGUGAAAUUCUACAGGAUUUGACAAAUGCAUGGUGGCAGAUCUCCAGCCAUUAUUAAAACAUAACACAGAAUGCUUCUCUUAUUCAAGCUCUUCUUCCCUCCACAUAGAGGGAAUCAAUCGACUUUUGUAUGCUGAUUUUUGAAUUUGCUUCUUUAUUUCCAUCUUCUUUAAUUAAAGCACAGGAUAUC